AUGUGUCCCAUGCCACCCUCGUCUUGUCUCAUUCGCACCUCCAGCCUCGCAUCCGGUACCGAAUCAGCCCUGAACGGCAAGCAUCACCCUUUUGGCGCGCACAGACCACGGCGGGGCUCGCCUUCCUCUCCCGCCGCAUUCCCCACCUCUUUCUCUCAACCUGCUCGACGCUACAAACCUUGGAACCCUCACUUGCACCCUCCCGACUUGUCACCACCCCAAAACCACCCCAACUCCACUCCCAGCCCACCCAAGAAAUCGCCGCUACCCAAAGCAUCCAUACCCAACUACCCCCCACCUACACGCGCGCUCACCGACUGUCGUAUGUCCAUCGAGAACCUCAAGACCUUCGACCCGUUCGCGGAAGCGGAUGAAGAUACCGGCCAGGUCAAGCAGACUCAGCAGGACUACAUUCAUAUUCGUAUCCAACAGCGCAAUGGCCGCAAGACCUUGACGACUGUCCAAGGUCUCCCCAAGAAAUUUGACCAGAAGAAGAUCCUCAAGGUGAUUAAAAAGAAGUUUGCCUGCAAUGGCACCAUUGUAAGCGACGCCGAGAUGGGCGAAGUCGUCCAACUCCAAGGCGAUCAGCGCAAAGACGUCCAGGACUUCUUGACCGACAAGAAGGAGGGACUUGGUCUUGAUGCGAAGACGAUCAAGUCGUCCAUGACUACUACCUUGUGCCUCCUCGAUAUGCCAGCUGCCCUCGUCCGUGGCACGGCUAAAGCGGCACAGCUUUUUGUAAGCUUGCGUCAUACGCCUCUAUACCAGGAUGAAGAGAGGGGCGGAGUACGAGGCUGGUUCGAGCAUAUGCGCGGCAGUGGAAUGCUGGGCGCCGAAUGA